GAAGGUUUCCUCCUGAGUCAGGCAGAGGAGAGGAAGCAGGCAGAGCAGCAGAGGAAGGAUCUUUUGGCAGAAAUGGGUCUUGAUUCUUCUGAGGCAGAGAAGACUCCGCUGGACGCCAGAGUGAGGCCUCUGGGUGACGGAAUGAUGCCACCAAGACCUGCUCCUUCAUCUUUUCAUGGUGGUGGAGGGGAGGCAGCAGCUGUGGACCCAGAUCAGACGAGGAGUGGGCGUUGCUGGAUCCUGACCAGAGAGCUCUCCAUAAGGAAGUCAUGGAGGAGAAUCGUGGGAUCUUGGACUCACUCGUUAAGGCUCCCUAUUGGAUCAUCUUAUCUGCUUUGUAAUUCAAUCUCUCUAGGUGACAAACCUCUGAUAUUUCGAUGGGACUCAACACCACCACCCACAGCACCUGGGAUGCUAACAUUCCCACAGCAAACCUUGGAUGGAUGGCUAUUGAUUGUUUCCCCUGUGAAUACACUUCCUUCUAUUCUGCCUUUGUGAAACAUGGACAGGCUCCUCUGAACUGGCCAGGCCUUCUUAAAUGUAGGCUUCAGAUUGGUUUGGGAAGUAGAAGUGGGUUCUGUCAGGGUUUUUGCAUCUGAAGAAGUGUGCAUGCACACGAAAGCUCAUACCAAGAACUAACUUAGUUGGUCUUUAAGGUGCUACUGGAAGGAAUUUUAUUUGUUUUGACUAAAAGCAGUUUGUUUACAGCAUUCUAGCCAUUAUCACGGAACCUUGUACAAAUGUGUCUGUCCCGGACGAAAACGAAACUAGAGCAGAACAAAGAACUUGAGACUCUCGGAAGUGAUGCAGAGUCUCUCUCUGUCCCACAGUAGGCAGAAGUCACACUCUGAGCUGCUUAACCCUGUGAUGUCAAGGACAUCUAGGACUGCACAAAUAUUAGAAGACUGAAGGCAGCCCUGUAUCAGGAAGUUUUUAAUUCUUGAUGUUUUACUAUGCUUUUAUACAUGCUCUAAGCCGCCCAGAGUGACUGGGGAAAGCCAGCCAGAUGGGUGGGGUAUAAAUAAUAACGUUACUAUUACUACUAUUAGUAUAUAAUUCCCUUCAGUUCUUUCUCUGUCACAAGCAUUAAUUGGCAUUACUCUGUUAGUUGGGGCUGCAUUUAUUCCUGAGGCUCUAAUCUGUUUGUCGCUCAGUUGCAGGUGGUGAUGAAUUGGAAAUGAAGAGUGAGGGAGACCACAACGAAAUCCACAGAGUGGAGGAGCCAAAUCAGGAUUCAGACUGUGGAGAGAGCUUCAGUCAGAGCUCCCAUUCCACUUCCCAUCACAUAAUUUAGCAAAUAUAUAAUUAAUCAUAUGGGUUUAUGCUAUAAUAUCAGUAAACUUUUAGAGUGAUAACUUUUUUUUUUACAGACGGUAUGUCGGCUAUGUUUAAUAUGUUUAAUAUGGGCAGCGCUCAGUGGUAAACAUUGGAGAUACAUUACUGACAGUUCCUUCAUCUCUGUAUUUUCUUGCAGAAAACCUCCCCCUUUCUACAUACAAGGAUGAUAAAGCAGAGAAGACUAGCAUAUAGGAUUCCUUUUAAACUAGAGGUAGUAAAAUAUGCUAAAGAGCAUGGAAACAGAGCAGCAGAGAGACAUUUUGGGCCACCUCCAACUGAAAAAAUGAUAAGAGGUUGGAGGAAACAGGAGGAUCAGCUGCAAAAAGCAGAUAAAUGCAAGCACACUUUUCGUGGACAUGCUGCAAAGUGGCCACAGUUGGACGUGGCCAUGAAAGAAUGGAUCACAUAUCACCAGAAUAAUGGCUUCCCAGUCUCUACAAAAAUGAUAAUAUGUGAAGCCAAACGCAUUGCUGUAGGGAAAGGCAUUCACGAUUUUACUGGAUCACCAUCAUGGUGCUACAGAUUUAUGAAGCGAUGUGGCCUUGCUAUGCGCACUAAAACUAGAAUUGCACAAAAAAUGCCAGAAGAAUAUGAAUCUAAGAUUCUGUCUUUUCAUAAAUUUGUAAUUGAUGCUAGGAAGAAAAAUGGGUUUGAAAAUGGCCAGAUUGGGAAUAUGGAUGAAGUCCCACUACCAUCUAAUAGGGCUGUUGAUCUGAAAGGUGCCAAAACUAUCGCUGUGAAAACCUCCAGACAGGAGAAAACCCAUUACAUGGUUGUGUUGUCUUGCUGUGCAGACGGCACCAAAUUGCCACCCAUGCUAAUUUUCAAAAGGAAAACAUUUCCAAAAGAAGUGAUUCGAAGAGGAGUUGUUGUACAUGUUCAUGAGAAAGGAUUGAUGGACGAAAAUGGAAUGAGAGUAUGGGUUGAAAAAGUGUGGUCCAAACGUCCUGGAGGGCUUUUGAAAAAACCUGCCUUAUUAGUACUUGACCAGUUUAGAGCCCGUAUUAGCAAAACAAAAAAGUGCUUUGAAGAAGCGAAGACUUGGAGGUCUUACCAGCCGAUUGCAACCUCUCGGCGGUUCCAUCAACAAGCCAUUUAAGGUCUUUAUGCGAGAAGAGUGGAACAAAUGGAUGGCUGCUGGUAAUCAUGUUCUGAAACCUACUGGACGAAUGAAGAUUCCCACUAUCACUCAAGUUUGUGAAUGGGUGAAAACAUCAUGGCACUCGGUGAAGGAGGAAAUCGUUGCACAGUCAUUCAAAAAAUGUGGCAUUAGCAAUGCUUUGGAUGGAAGCGAAGAUGGUAUUUUAUAUGAAGAUAGCGAAGAAAGUGAUGUUGGUGGUUAUGAGCAACUGAGCUUCCUAAAUUCUGACUCUAGCAAUGAUGAGUUCUUGGGGUUCACAGAAGACUAGAAGAGUUCUCAAACCUUAAAGUCUCUCUUCAUUUUUUAAUGACCGUUAUGAUAGUUCUUAAUGCCACUGUUGACUGCUGUUCACUUUACAUUGCUGAAAUAUUAUUCUGAUAUACUUUCCUCCUCUAAAAACUAGGUACG